AUGUCCAAAGAUCAAGUCAAAUAUAGCUCUAGCAUUACCCACAAUAACGCAAAGGCGAUUCAGUACGUUCAUGAUGUAACAGGAUUGGCCUUUGGGACAGCUGCUGGUAUUUUGAAGGUUGAAUCAUUACAAGGAGUAGCAUUCUUUGUAAUAUUAUCGAUACUGUCGAACCUCCUUUUUUAUGUUUUGAAGAUCAGAGGACAUGCAAGCCAAUAUUUUGAGAGGCCUUUAAAAGACAUUUAUUUGAAGGGGCUAACUCGUAGCAUUUCAGGAUAUUUGAUGAUGUGGUGUUUGGUGACGGCUCUUUGUGAGUAG